CAUACACUCCUCUGUAUUUCUUGAAUCUACUCCUGACAUUCUUUGUGAAAACCAUCUCUCAAACAAACUACAGUCAUUCAUUCUUACUCCUAACCUUCAUAGCCCCUCAGAAAAGACUGCAUACAUCAAAUCACGUCAAGAUGAUGUUCAUCAAGACACCAGUCAAAUUUGUCAUCCUUUGCUUCCUUUUGAGCUUGACAACUAACUAUGCAAACGGUCAAAGUUCAACAUCGGGCAGCUUUACAACAACAACGAACGGUGUUGGAACACCAGCUAAUGAUGUGGGAGUACCAGCCUCAGACGUAGGAGUACCAGCAUCAGAUGUCGGUGUGCCAGCAUCAGACGUAGGAACUCCAGCUUCAGACGUGGGCGUGGCAGCAACACAAGCACUUCCAGCUUCUUAUACCGAUGAUGAAAUGACUUAUCACGUUGCCGGAAAGACGAGUAAAGUGAACGGAUCAGAUAUCACAAUCACUUCACCAAUCAGUACUACGACUUGGAUUGCAAAUGCUACAAAUGUGGUUUCAUGGACAGGUACAACUCCUGAACGUUUAUCGAUUCAACUUAUCAAUAAUAAUACUUCUAGAUUGGAAAGUGGUUUAUCCCUUCGUGCAAGUGUGGAAACAAAAGAUGGUCAAGCAACCGUUUUAUUGCCAAAUCUUAAAGAUGGAACUGGCUAUUAUAUUCGUUUGUAUGAUCAAUUAGACAUUUCAAAAACUUUGGCAACUUCGGAUAAGUUUCAAAUUUUGAGACAAACCAGCAUCCCCUUGCAAACUCCUUCGACAGCGGAUGUUACACCUCUUGCGACUGGUGGUCAGCCAGGCGCAACAAGUACAACCAGUAACGGUACAACUAAAGGCGUAUUGCCGAACGGUCACAAUGAUGCUUCAAGGAUGCAUUCAUUGCCUUGUCUACUUAUCUUCAUCGCAUUGGUGUCAAGUAUUUCCAUCAUGUUCUAAUCACACCCCAUACAAUUACCAUGCAUGUACGAAAUCUCCUUUGUGUCCCUUUAUACCAUUCAAUGAGAC